GUUGCAUUGAAAUUCAUUCCUAAAGUUGGCAGGUCAGAAAAAGAGCUGAAAAAUUUACAGAGAGAAAUUGACAUUAUGAGGAACUUGGAACAUGAAAAUAUCAUUAAGUUACUGGACUCCUUUGAAACACCCAAAGAGGUAUGUGUUGUAACAGAGUAUGCUGAGGGAGAAUUAUUCCAAGUAUUGGAAGAUGAUGGUUCUCUUCCAGAGGAACAGGUGAGAAAGAUCGCAUGUCAGCUUGUGAAGGCCUUGUACUAUCUACACUCUCAUAGGAUUCUUCACAGAGAUAUGAAACCUCAAAAUAUUCUUCUUGGAAAAGGUGGUGUGGUGAAACUGUGUGAUUUUGGAUUUGCAAGAGCAAUGAGUAUCAACACCCUUGUGCUGACAUCAAUCAAGGGAACUCCAUUAUACAUGUCUCCUGAACUGGUUCAAGAGAAACCUUAUGAUCACAACUCUGACCUCUGGUCAGUUGGGUGUAUUUUAUAUGAACUGUUUGUUGGAACGCCACCGUUUUAUACCAACAGUAUAUUUCAGCUUGUGAACCUUAUCUGCCGGGACACUGUCAAAUGGCCAGAGAAUAUGAGCCCUGAUUUUCAGAGUUUUCUCCAAGGCCUUCUCACUAAAGAACCCAAAAAAAGGCUUUCAUGGCCUUAUUUACUCAGACAUCCAUUUGUAGCAGAUGGAAUAAAUGAAGCUGAAUUGGAAAGAUUUAGUACUCCGGAGAUGUUUGAGAAAUUUGGAAAUUCAGCAAGCAAUGUCAAUAAAACUGCUAAGACUAAAGGAAAAACUCAGGAAAGCAAGACAAAGAAAGAGGGUGGUACUGGAGAGGUACGUCCAUCAUGGAUAAGAAAGCUUCAGCAACAGCAGGAAGGAACACAGCAAAAUAAACAGAAAGGAAAUGAUCCAAAACAAGAAAACAAAGAAAAAGGGAGACAGGAAUCAAAAAAGAAAGCACAGAGUAAUAUACCAAAGAAGAAAAAGCCUCCUUUAGUAAAGGAAACAGAAACAAAACCAGCAACAAGUUCUAAAGAGGCUAAAGAGAAGGUGAAAACUAUGGAAGAAAAAGCUGUUGAUGAUGAUUGGGAGGUGAAGCUGGACGACAGGCCUGUUACUACUGACAGAGUAGGACAUGAAAUCAGUGAUGACUAUGACAGAGAGGUAUCAGUUAUUGAACAAGUCUUAGCUGCGGCAGUGAAGAGAAGAGAAGAAAAGAGCAAGACUGGCCAUGGAGGACAGGAGGAACUUGAUAGUGAAGAAGAAUGGGACUACCUUGUGGAACUGACUGACAAGAUUGUGACAAGUAGUUCUCAAAAAGACAGCAGUGAAGAGGAUGAUAGGAUUCCAGAGAAACUUAUGACUGAUGCAGCUUUUAUCAGUAAAGUGCAGAGUUCACUAGAGACUGUGGCAGUACAAGUCUUAGAUGGCCUGCUGGAGGGAGCAUCUCGUUUUCGACAAAUUUUGAGAGUGUUAAGAAGUUUGUUGAUGACUGCUUGCCCACCAGAAGUUAAGUUCAAAUUUUCAAGCUCACUUGGUAUUCCUGAGGACAGUGUCACUCUCUUGGUACAGUUGCUUAGAAAAUCUGGUCUUUCUGAGCCAUGGGCAGUCCAGGUUAUUGUGGAUUUGCUGAAUUUGAUGACAGUUUACCUUAGGAGCUGCAUUCCUUUAGGCAGUGACUUCAUGAAAGAAAGUUCAGCCAUUUUGAGCUAUGGAAAGCAACUUACGGGUGUUUUACCAACACUGAUGCAGCAUAGCCAGGACAAAGAACUCUCCUUACGACAGGCAGCCUUAGAGUGCGUUCAGUAUCUAUGUGAAGUGAUAGACAAGCACGAUGAUGCAGUAGCUGAAGAGUUCUACGACAAUCUUAUUACCUGUGAUAUAAAGAGCGUGGAUUGCCUCAUUUCUGCGCUUCAUGGGGAACCAAGUGCCAUACAAAGAGUUAAAGGUGCGAUCAGUGAUUCUCCAUCUGCAAGGGCGACGAUAAUGCGCCCGCAAGUUGUUGCUUUAACGACGUUACUGGCUCUGGUGACCUCUUCAAAGACUACAAAUAGCAAGUCCAACACAAAAGGAAACUUAGCCAGCUUUGUAGCAAAGAAAUUACUUCACCCAUCUAAUGAAAACUGCGUGGAUCUUCUACACCAGUUUCUACACCACAAAGCCUCGUCUUUGUCAGUCUUGAACUUUCUUGCUGAACUUUGCAUGGUGUCCAGGGACUUCAGUCUGCAUCUUACGAGACAAGCAAAAUGGAUAGUUUCGUUAACAAAGUGUUUAACAAGCUGCAAUGGAAAGGAUGCCAAUUGUAAAGAGACUUGUUCUGUUUUACAAAUUUUGUGUUGCAUGGUGACGAAUGCAGAGAACAUUCCUACCGAGAUUUCCGAUUGCGCAGACCACAUUGUCUCCAUUUUCACUGGGACAAGUGUGUUUACAAUCCAAGUUCUGUCAGCCAUGUUGCUUGCGAGACUGACCAGUUCAGAUCCCAAAUUGCAGUUUGAUCAGAGUGAACAGCUUUUAGACGCCAUCGCUACAGCUCUGACAGGAAUUCCACCGAUUCCACAGAUGCUUGUUGGAGUCAAUGGUGGCCUUCUGGAUGGCUUUACAGAGUUGCUAGAAUAUUGCCUCAUGCAGGAUAGUGGGUCCAGGGUGCAUUACCAAGUUGUUGAGAGCGGUCUUUGGAACAGUGUAUGGUGUGCAGUUGGUCUUGCUCUGAAUACAGAACCAGAGGAAGCACUAGUUUUGAGAGAUUUAGAGGCUGUGAUGGAAGAAGUGGACGUCAGAGUGGGUGUUGUUCAGUGGGGGGUGAUAUCACAUAUUGGCUUAGAACAUCUCUUACGUGUUUCGCAUGACCUGUUUACCAAAGUCCCGUUGCAGAGUAUAUUGAAGUUUGUUGAACCUCCUACACAUGCAGUCUCUUGUUUGAUUAGAAUGCUUACAACACCGUUCGUGGAGCAGCUAUCUAAACAUUUAGCUAGUUUUACGUAUGAAAAGAAAGGAGAUGAAGGAGAUGUCCUUCAAGCUUUUAUGAGAAAGAUCAUCAAGAUUUUCUACUUCCCGUUUGCAGUUGACAUCGAGGAACAUCUCCUUCACGAUACACAAAGUACUUUGUACGAACACCGACUUAUUCCUAACCUGCUGGAGUUUUCAUCAAAGUUUUUGCCUGUAGAAGACUUGGAGCUUGCUCUCGGCCUGAUCGCUAGGUUGGUUUUUAGUGAUGAAAUCUUUGUAACACAACUAGCAAGAGAUAUCACAAACCAAAAGGCUGAACCUUUCCUAACUUCACUGGUGUCAGCAGAUAACUCUGUUACUCUCUUGAAUGACGUCAUUACGAUUUUGAGUCAUGUAUCUCGAAGUUCUUCCGAGUAUGUUGCCAUGGUUACAAGAGUCUUGCAAGGUGAUCGAGAAUCAUACGAGCCCCUGUACAAUCUGCUCACACACACGAGUUCGGCUGUCAGUGCCAACGCCUGUGGCAUGCUGGGUAAUAUACUGAAGCACUCUGCCGUUUUUUAUCCUGUUCUUCAAAGAACGAAUUUGUUGUCAACUUUGAUCAGCUGUCUGAAGAGUGAUGACGCCAAUGUUCGAAAGGCCGCCACUUUUGCUUUGGGAAACGCAGCGUAUCAUAGCGACUCACUGUACAAAGCUCUGACACCAGCUGUACCUCUUUUGGUUGACUCACUAACAGACUCGGUGGCGAGAACACGAGCUAAUGCAGCAGGCGCUUUAGGUAAUUUGGUGAGACAUUCGCCGUUGCUCUAUCAGCAGUUAAUCAAGGCACAAGCACCACAUGGUGUUCUCGACAUGGCCUGCAAUGACGGACACGCUGAGCCUCAGGAUGCAGCUUUGAAGACUCUAAGACUUUUCUGCAGAAAUCCUCGGUGCAGACAGGUCCUUGUAUCUCUUGGAAUUCAACAACGGCUCCUCAGGUUCCUGGAAAGAUCCCGGAUGUCUGGAGCCUGCAGUCAGCAAUCCAGCGUUUCUUCAGUUCCCAGUACUGCGCGGACUAAUGAUAGUGUAGUAUCUGAACAUUGUGUUCGCAUACUGAACAAGCUUAAAACACGAGGAAGUGACGCUUAACUAAACCAAAAAGACAGUGAAGAAACAUCACUACGAUGAUGAAGGCUGUGGAAACCUGAACAGUUGAUCUGAAACCGCAGAGCGGCGUUUGACAAAAAGAAGUGGACUAAGAAACACUUUUCGUGUCAAGUAUGACAAAGGCAACUUACAGCUUGCUCUGGUCAUCAGUGCGUUUUGCGAUUGAGUGUCGUAGAAUCAACACCAGGACUAUAACAACAAACGGAAGUGUGACAAGGAGCCAGUACUGGAAAUUCCUAUGUUAAAACCAGCGAAACUGCCUAAAGCGCCGAUAAGCGUGAGUGUCAAAAAUGCGAUAAGUCGUGGUUUUAAAUAUGACUGGUCGGUUGGAACAUGCAAGUUCUCUAACUAAUCACAGAGCAUGUGCAUGCAAAACCGACGAAAUUCUGAAUUACUAUCGGCACUCCACGUAACAAAGAUUUAAUUUACCUACAGAGGAGAAGGAGAGUUCUUUCAGUGAAAAACUAUCCAGGGAAGAUACAGAUUAUAGACAACAAAAAAUAGGUCACCCAUAGGUUAUCACGUGAGAGACAUAACGAAUUGCUGGAGAGACAUGAGGGUACUACGUGACGCACAUAAGGUUAUCACGAGAUGAUGUGUGUGCCGAACACAGAAAGAAAUCACUAGGCCUGCUGCUCUUGGCGUUUGUGUUGAGGGGGGUAAUCAGAAAUGAUGAAAAUCUCUUUUCAUCUCCUAAUUUCAGUACAUUAUCUAACAAGCAGGUUGUAAAAAUAGAGUAACUUAUUAGCUUAAGGGAGUUCUCUUGAUGCAGCACCAAAUUCUCUUAACUUUAUUUGAGGAAAAUUUUUAACAGCAAGAAAAGAGAAUUACGCGUUAGUUCCUGGGAGCUUAAGCGUUGCAAAAUAGGUGAACGGGUCAUGCUUAGUUAUUUAGUUCUGGUCAGCGGCUGUUUUCCUUCAGAUCAAAAUACGACCUGGAGGUUUUUAAGCCAAAGACAACGUUGUAUGCAGUUAUUUAGAUUUUUGUUAUUUUGCGCGAAGGCCAAAGACAAUAAGGAGUUCAUCGACUUUUUAGAAACGCAAAUGUUAUCAGAGAUGCCAUUUCUUAGAAUCGCACUCACUUAAAGGAAAAUACUGUAUAUAUUCAAAAAUAUAUAUUUACUGUUUGCU